GACUGGUUCCGACUGCAGGUUUGCCAGUCAACGAGGAGUCUUCGAGACGAUCGUGCGGCCUGGCGCGAUCGAAGCACGCCAUGUGUACCGGCGUCGAGUUGAUCGUGUGCGUGAUCCUCGGGCUUUCGGGGAUCUUCAUGCCACAUCCGGCAGACAGUAAUCCAUAUCGUGGUAAUUACAUAGUGACACAUGAUCAUUCUGAGGAGAAGUUAUUCAAAAAGGAAAGAAUUCUGGAUGAAGAAAGUAAUGGUUUGCAGGAUACCCAUAAAGAUCAAGAAAUGCAACUAUAUUUGAAUUCCAAAAACAAAGAAGAAGAAAGACUUGUGUUCACUGAAGCAAAUAAUCAUCUUCAAAACACAUCUAGAGAAUUAUCUUGGGAUGAUGAUGAUUACAGAAGUUUUUCUCUAUUUGGCCUAGUUGAAUCCAUGCUGUCCAUCGUAGCGACCGGACUCAGUACUGUUGUAAGCAGUAUCGUUGGUACCGAGAAGAAGAAUUCACGGUCACGUACCAGACGAAUAAAUUACAGAAAUUACCAUUUAAUCAGAACGUUUCCUAACACGGAGAGUCAAGCUGCAGAUCUGCAUGAUUUAAGAGAUGCCGAGCCUGAAGACAUUAAAUUUUGGUCCUUUCCUUAUCCCAACAGAACUGCCGACAUCAUUGUGGCGCCAGAUGUCGUAAAUGAUGUUAAGGAGUAUUUAAGAGAUAAGAAGAUCGAUUUCAAGGUGUUAAUAUCGGAUAUCCAGAAAACGAUCUCUUAUCAAAAUCCAAAGAUGUCCAAAGAACAACGCGAAGACUUGGCCACAACUCAAGGCCACACAAUGACAUGGAAACGUUAUCAUCGAUACGCAGAUAUUAUACGCUAUUUAGAAUACCUAGCCUUUAGGUAUCCUAAAAUGGUAGAGUUAACAACCAUCGGACAUAGCUACGAGGGCCAACCGAUAAAAAUAGCGAAGGUUUCAUCAGGAAUGAACAAAGAAGGCGAAAGGAAACCUGCUAUUUGGAUUGAUGCCGGCAUGCAUGGACGAGAAUGGAUUGGUACCGCCGUGGCGACCUACAUAUUGAGCCAGUUGGUUGAAAAGAACUCGAGUUAUACAAAAUUGUUGGAUAAUUCAGACUGGAUGAUUCUGCCCGUUGUUAAUCCUGAUGGUUAUGAAUAUAGUCAUGUGGGCGAUCGUUUUUGGCGAAAAACUAGAAGUAAUCACGUAGAAAGUCAAAACGAUAGUAGGUACACGCCUUCCAAUUUAUUACAGUUUGUAACCCACUAUACCAGGUGGUUGUGGUCGACAUGCGAAGGAGUUGAUCCGAAUCGAAAUUUCGCAUACCACUGGGGCGAAGAGAAAAAUGGAGGUGCUAGUUCAGAUCCUUGUGAUGACACAUAUUCGGGACCUUUUGCCUUUUCUGAACCUGAGACGAAAGCUAUGGCAGAUUAUAUAUUGGCAAAUAAACAAUAUAUUCGAAUGUACUUAACUUUGCAUUCUUAUUCUCAAAUGUGGCUAGUACCAUGGGGUCAUACACGUUCGAAACCACCUGACUUCAUCGAUUUAAUGAACGUAGCGAGAAAAGCGAUUAAGGCAAUCGCAAAAAUUCACGGCACUAAUUAUCAACUUGGGCCCUCAGCAGAGCUAAUGUACCCGACUUCUGGAUCGUCUGAUGAUUGGGCUAAGGGUGUUGCCUCGAUAAAGUACGCAUACACAGUAGAAUUGCGUGAUCGGGGAACAUACGGAUUUCUAUUACCAGCUACUCAGAUAGUUCCGACUGCGCGGGAGAUUUGGGCAGGAAUACGGGCAAUCGCUCGAUUAGUCACUUGCAACACGUGAGAACAUUCCGCGUUUCUAUAUACGCACUUAAUCCGAACUGCGUUCUUUUUUUAACCCAGAUAAUGAAUCAAUGCCCUUUAUGAAUCACAUGAGUUUUUACUACAGCUCUAUGCAAUAGAUAGAGUACAUAGGACAGAGUACAUAGGGCACUCAUAUCGAGAAAUCGCAUGCAUAUUGUUAUCAAAAUAAGUUACGAGAGUUAGCAUCAAGAUAAAUUUACAUCUAAUUAAAAAUACAAAAGAUGUAUUAUCUUUUAUCAUUGUUUUUUAAGUUACAAACGUGAGACGCUGUAAUAAAUUUCGAAUUUCUUAGCAAA